GGCGCCCAGCCCGUUCCAGACUCUGUUGAUUCUUAUGGAUUUCCUUCUACCCACUCUACCAGUUCUUCCAUCUCUUCAAGUGGCAACUUCAGCUCGUACUACGGCGACUCUGUCUCUGAUUACUCCACCGCUGGCUCUGACAUUGAGUCUGUCUCUUCAAGGACUCUGCCUCGACCUCAGGGCUUGAUGAGCUCCCAGAUCCCCCCUGCUCCCCAGUCCAUGAUGGGGCAGUUCAGCUCCAAGGUGUCUUCCAGUACUCAAAAGAAGCACAAGUGCAAGGUUUGCGACAAGCGAUUCACUCGUCCUAGCUCGCUGCAAACUCACAUGUAUAGCCACACUGGCGAGAAGCCUUUUGCCUGCGAGGUUGAAGGCUGUGGUCGACAUUUCUCUGUAGUUUCCAACCUCCGCCGACACCGAAAGGUUCACCGCGGGGAUGCACGCUCAGAGGCAGGCUCAGAGGACCAUCACUCGGACUAA